UCUCAAUCUCUCUCUCUCUCUCUUCUCCAUUGCAAGUUGUAAAGAAGAGAGAAAGGGGAAAGAAGAAAGAGAAUAGCAACAUCUUAACCCUUUAAGCGUUUCAGAAAUUAGACACGAUUUCCACCAAAACCCUCGAUGCUGCUUGCUAACAGUUUUGAUCAAUGGCAAAAAGAUGCAUUCUUUUCAGCUGCAGAAGAGAUUCAGCAAUCAGCCGAUAUAAUGGAAUCAUCAUACAGGACAUGGCAAAGGAUGAAAAUUGGAGGUUUAGCAGCAGAAGGUUUGGAUGAACUGUGCAGGGAGCUUCAAACUUCUUUAGGAACAGCAAAAUGGCAGUUGGAUGAGUUUGAAAGAGCUGUUAGGUCGAGUUACAGAAAACUCAGCAGUGAUGAUACAGCUGCAACAAGACAUAGAGAAUUCAUUAAUGUUAUUGAAAAUCAGAUUUCUCGGGUGGAAACAGCUUUAAGGAACUUUUUAAUUGAAGAUGGGAAGAAACCGCUUAGGUGGAUACAUUUAGAUGAAGAUGAUCGCGACGAUUUAGCUGCUUUUCUAUCUGGGUCUCUUCCGACAUCACAGAUUAAUCCAAAAGAAGGAAUUAUCGUUAGUAGUAGUGAUAGUGUCAUAGAUAUAGAACCUGAAGAGGAAGAAGAAGUGUUUACUGGAACAUCAGAUGAUACACAACUAAGAACAUGGAGUUCACCAACUACAGGUUCUUGGAAAAUUGGAGUUGCUGACGAUGAAAGGAAAGAAUCACCACUUCAGAGCUUUGAGGUGAUGCUAAUUAAAGAUAAGGAAUCAAAACCACUCUUGUCAAAUUGGUUGCGUUUCAGAAGGAUUAACAACUGCCUAAAUCAGAUCCAUGGAUGGCGGCUAAGAGAAUUGCAAACUAUUCCUCUAAGUUUUCAAUUUAGUUCAGCUCGGUUGAAGUUUGCACUAACGCUGGUUGCGUUUCUUAUGGUGCCUUUUAUACUAUAUUCAACAUAAGCCAGAGCAAAGCUGGUAACAUUUCAGCAUAUUAUUAAACCAGAAAGGUUCUGGCGAGGAAGAUGACAACAGUUUGUAAAUUCAUGUAGACAAACAACAACAUAAACAAGAAUCAUGCACAAAUGUUUUAGGAGAAACAUGAAGACCGUCUUUAAGCCUCUAAGUAUAGUCUUUUGAUAGGAUUAGUAAGAUACCUUAUAGCAUUGUAAUGUUUUUCUAUUAAAGAUGUCAAGGAGAUUGUACUUAGGAUUUAGAGGAUUUAUUUGAAGUUUUCAAUACAAUGAACUCGUUUCUGUCAAAAACCUAUGCAUAGAGAGAAUGUUGUCUUCGAUGACUUUUAUGGAUACUCCGUUGAAUUAGUAAUAGAACCAUACCACCAAAAUGAGUAAGCCAACACUCACUCUUGUA